UUUCGUUUUUGCGGUAGUGCUACACCGGUGUAGCACUUUUGCACCGAAACUGUUCGUUUUUGAAUUUCGUGCUACACCGGUGCAGCACUUUUUCUGCACCGCGCAUGAUAGUGUAGCACUCAAAAAAUCGAGAGUGUAGCACCUGCACACCGUGUCCACCAAUCAGCGUUUGCAAAGUUGUCAAUAUUUUGGUGUUUAUACACGCACACCAAUGCAACUGCACCGAAAAUGUUCGUUUAUUCAGCGACAAGUGUAGCACGAAGCGGUGUAGCACCGCCGCAAAAACGAAAACGACAUUUGUUUUGUGUACAUCGUGCGAAAAGUUGUUAGAAAAUAGGCCUUUUCAGUUGACAGACCAGUGUUAAACAUGGAGCAAAUCUACAAGCCAAAAAAUGAGCAGAUCAUAUCGGUACGACAAGCCCUCAGUGACUUCCAGCAGGAGCUUCUUCCACCCGAUUUGUCGCGGGUUCCCUACACCGAAGACGACAUAUCGGAGGCAAUCGGCUUUGGCGCCGGCUCGAGUCAUCAGUUCAAUGAUCUUCUGCAGUGCAUCGACCUCAACUUGAACCUUUCCAGCACCAAAGAUAUGCGCGUCGUGCCCUUCCAUCCGUCCCGAGUGCAGGCCGUCCAGAAGCAAAUUGAAGUUCCGGAAAAGGCGCGUAAACUCCGAUGCGUUCAAAACGCCCUACGGAUUACCGGAAGAAUCCGCAAGAAUCUGGAUACACGAAUUCGCUACAACAAGCACAAGUACACGGAGAGCCCCCCGCUGGAGGAUCCUGAUCUGGAGCCAUUCGGAGAAAUACUGCUUCAGAUACGCUUCUACGAGCCGUUCAAGUACAAAACUGGUGUCCGCCUAGGGCACCCAAAGUUCCAUCAGGAAUUCUACGUCAUCGGCUCGCAAACUCUUGCGGAACUUCGGGACAAAAUCUACUGCCACUGUGACUCGGGCCCCUUCUUUGACAUCAGCGAAAAUCCCCACCAACCGGAAAGGAAGCGACUGCCAGAGGACCCGAAUCCAGGAUUCUUUUUCAUUCACGACACAUUUUACAACGACAUGAGGAACGAGCGCAACAUGGACUACUCGGAAGUGAUUCAGAAGUGGGCCGGGCGGCAGAAAUGCGUCGGCGAGUUGAAGUACAGGAAUAUGGAAGACACCCGCUUCGAUGAGCUACAGUUCCGGCUGGGGUAUCCGCAGGUCUACCAACAUCACGGAAACUGCGAACACAUAUUCCUUGUGUCGGACUGUCGAUUGCUAUCCCCUUCGGACGUGCUAACGCGGAAGAGAUACCCAAUCCUGAAUUCCUACGUGUUUCCUCGAUCGAUUCCGUGCAACAUUUGCGGUCAUUGUGAGGCAAACUUCAUUGUGAAAAACAGCGAUCAGCACAUUUUCGAUCCGGCCUACGUGUGCCAGGUUUGCUUUGAAUCGUAUCACUACAAGGACGGCAAAAAGAUUGGAGAGUUCGAGGCAUAUCGGUUUCUCGGCACCAAAGUGGCCGUGAAGGAUGAACCCGAAACGGGAAGUUAAUCAAGUUAAUAAACAAAUGGUUCAAAGCUUAAA